AUUUAGCUAGGAAUCGAUCGCUUUAAAUAAUUAUCAAUUAUAUUUCAUUAUCACUAUGUGACAUCAACCAUGUAGCAGCCAAUAGUGAUUAGUCAGUCUACGGCUUCUGCUCGGUCCGGUCUCUUCGCCCAGGCGGCCCUCAUGAGUUCUCGGUGUUUGUUCUAUUUCCGAGGCUCCUACUUUCUGGUUCCUGACCGUCAAUAGACAAACCAACCUCAAUCUGCCUGAAUAAAUAAAAGAUUAAAGAAAGCCAGCCAUCAACAUCGACACCUACCAACUUCACCGCUGCAAACAAUUAGUAUAUAUACAUGAGUGUUUUGGGUGUCUCUGUGAUCGAGUCGAGAAGAGAGAGAGAGAGAGAGAGAGAGAGAGAGAGAGAGAUGGGUGAAGUCUGUGAGAUGGUGGAAAUGGAAUCGGUUGAAGUAAGAACAGCUGCAUCUGUAGCAAGGACACCGCCCAUCUCGGUCCCUCCCUUCCAACUCCAUUCUCCAUCCCUGACUCGAUCGCCACUACUGGAUUCCGCCCCAAGAGCACCCACAACCCCGCUGGCCUCGCGCUUAAUUACCCCAUUAACCAGCCCGAUGAAGAAAGCGAUCAAGAACAUGCAAGGAUACCUGGAAGACGUGGGCCACAUCACCAAGCUUGAUCCCCAAGAUGCAUGGCUUCCAAUCACAGAGUCCAGAAAUGGCAACGCCUACUACGCGGCUUUCCACACCCUCAGUUCCGGAAUCGGAUUUCAAGCCCUUGUGCUUCCCUUUGCCUUCAUCUUCCUUGGGUGGACAUGGGGGAUCCUAUGUUUGUUGACGGCAUUCGCUUGGCAGCUUUACACUCUGUGGUUGCUCGUCAAUCUCCAUGAAUCCGUGCCUGGGACUCGCUACAGCAGAUACCUCCAGUUAGCCAUGGCAACUUUCGGUGAAAAGCGAGGAAAGCUGCUGGCCCUGUUCCCCCUUAAGUACCUCUCAGGUGGCUCCUGCGUUGCGCUGAUCAUGUUCAACGGUGCAACCAUGAAGCUUUUCUUUCGCACAGUGUGCGGGAACAUGUGCAACGAGAAGCCAUUGACGACUGUGGAGUGGUAUUUGGUGUUCACGUGCCUGGCCAUUGUUAUAGCUCAGCUACCCAACUUGAAUUCCAUCGCCGGAGUGUCGCUGAUCGGUGCCAUCACCGCUGUGAGCUAUUGUACCAUCAUAUGGAUCCUGUCCGUCAGCAAGACUAGGCCCACGAAUGUCUCUUACAAGCCACUCGACGCAAAAUCCGACAUCGAUAGGAUUUGCGGUAUACUCAACGCACUUGGGAUCAUUUCUUUUGCUUUCAGAGGUCAUAAUCUUGUGCUGGAAAUACAGGGGACAAUGCCGUCAAGUCUAAAACAUCCGGCUCGCGUGCCCAUGUGGAGAGGAGUGAAGCUUGCGUACCUGUUCAUCGCAACCUGCUUAUUUCCCCUCGCAAUUGGUGGCUAUUGGGCCUACGGAAAUUCGAUGCCUAAUAAUAAUGCUGGGAUACUGAGCGCCUUGUACAAAUUCCAUGGCCACGAAACGUCAAGAUUCGUGCUAGGGUUAACAUGCCUGCUCAUUGUGAUCAACGGACUAAGCUCAUUCCAAAUCUACGCCAUGCCAAUCUUCGACGACCUGGAGGCCGCCUAUACCAGGAAGAAGAACAAGCCAUGCCCACGGUGGCUCCGCGCAGCAUUCAGGGCCCUCUUCGGCUGCAUCGCAUUCUUUAUAGCGGUGGCUCUCCCCUUCUUGCCAAGCUUGGCCGGUCUGCUGGGAGGGAUUGCCUUGCCCAUAACCUUAGCCUACCCAUGCUUCAUGUGGAUCGUCGUCAGGAAGCCUCAGCGAUACGGUGUCAUGUGUUGCGUCAACUGGGCGCUCGGAUGCCUCGGCCUGAUUCUCAGCGUUCUAGUAACCAUCGCCGCGGUGUGGAAAAUUGUUGACACCGAUGUUAAAUUCCACUUCUUCAGGCCCCAAUGAAACUAGCUAAAUUCCACUAACACCCAUCCAUCAGGAUUCAGGCCAUCGCUAAGCUAUAUAUAAAUUGAAGAUUCAGCCGGCCACCCAGUUCUCAUGAUGUACAUAUACAUCAAGUCGCACUUAAAUGAAUGAAAUUUUGCAUGCAUAAGUGUACAAGUGUAAAACAGAGUUGAAUAUAUCUUGCACUGUUUUAGUCUGUUAUACUUUUCUUCCAUUUUUUUCUCUUUGGGCACUAUUAUUUUUUCUCUUUUCUUUUUUCUUUUUGAUAUAAUUGUAAGUAGAUCCCUUUUAUUAGAAUUCUCA